AUGCAGCAGUCUUACAAGGCGCCACAGGACAAGGAGUUUGAAGCUUGCAAGGCAUCUGCAGCUGGCAGCCUGGCCUUCCGGCCACACUCGCGCAGCGAGCUCGCCACAAAACUUGUCGACAAGGGCUACGACAAAGCUACUAUUGACCGAGCCUUGUCACGCCUCCAAGAGCUGGGGCUGCAGAGCGAUGUUGACUUUGUGACCAUCUUUGCGCGGUCCAAGUGGCGGCAGUCCAGAUGGGCGCCCUCCCGCAUACGAAUUGAACUGGUGAGGAAGGGGGUGAACAAGAAGGACAUUGAGCAUGGGCUGCGGGAGGUGUUUGGCACAGACUCGCACAAGCUGCAUAUGCACACCGAGGACUUGGAGGAGGACGAGGAUGGAAUGGGCGAGUCACACAGAUUGGAUCUGCAGCUGCUGGAGACUGCGCAGCGGCAGGCGCAUCUGACAAAGGGAAUGCCCUCGGAGACCAGGCGGCGGAGGAUGGUGGGAUGGCUGCAGAGGCGAGGCCACUCCUGGGACACCAUCUCAUCAGUUCUAUCGGAGCUUGCUCUGUGA